CAAAGUCUCCUACGAGCACAUGUACGUACCAACCCACCUCUCUCUCUCUCUCUCUCUCUCUCUGCGCGUUGAAUAAAAUGGAAAACAAAGUCUUCACUCUGCUUUCUGCUUUUACUUCAUCAAACCACCAAACCCGCAAAUUUUUUUAAAAACUCCAACUUCACUUGCUCCAAAACUUGGCUUCCCCCCACCCCCAAGCCUUCUUCUGCCCAGAUUUUUUUUUUCUUUUUCCUCUCCAUCUGUCUCUCCCUACAAAUCUUAGCAGCUGCAGAACUGACUCUUUUCAUUUCUCUCCCAAGCACACAUUCUGUAUACAUAUAUAAGGUUUUUUUUUUUUUUUUUGGCCUUUUCAUUUCUUUUGUGUUUUUGGGGGGGUGCGAAAUGAACCGGCGGAUGUGAUGGGGGCAGGGUUUUCGCAGGUUUUCCCGUGUUUCAACCCGUCGGCCGGUGCGAACCGGGACGAAGAGGGUGUCAUUUUUUCAGCUACUGAACCGCUUGACGAAACCCUAGGACAUUCCUUCUGUUACGUCCGGUCCUCUGCUCGCUUUGUAUCCCCUACUCACUCUGAUCGCUUUGUUUCCCCCUCGCAGUCCCUCCGUUUUGACGAUCCGCAAAGACCUAAACCGCCCGGGAUACCAGAAACCGGUUUCCGAGCUAUUUCCGGUGCCUCUGUUAGUGCAAAUACUUGGACUCCCAGAACUGUCCUUGACGAUAUUUACGACGGCGCCAUCGAGAGUAACAAUAACAGCAAUGCUCCUGGUUAUUUGGCCGGAACUAGGGGUAGUGUUGUGAAUGGAUUUGAGAGCACGUCUUCGUUUAGCGCCUUGCCUUUGCAGCCGUUACCUCGUGACGGCAAAGGUGAGCCACCGUCUGGGCCGCUAGAGCGGGCGUUCUUCAUGUCAGGUCCGAUUGAGCGUGGGGCCAUGUCGGGCCCGCUGGAUAGUGCUGCCGGAGGCAUAGGUCCUGACAGCAGCAGGGUCCCCUUUUCAGCACCGUUGGGUAAUGUGUGUGUGAAAAAGCGAAAGAAGGGUAUUUCUGGAUUUCGCAAAGCAUUGUACAAGAACUUCUCUGAGAGGAAGCGCCCUUGGGUGGUGCCAGUACGGUAUUUAGUUGGAGGAGGCAGGAAGGAUAUCCCGUUAUCUGGAGAGAGCAGCAGAAGGACCGAGAUGGGGAGUGACAGCAAUGUUCAUUGGGCCUUGGGUAAGGCAGGGGAGGAUCGGGUAAAUGUGGUAGUAUCAGAGGAGCAUGGGUGGCUUUUUGUCGGAAUUUAUGAUGGAUUCAAUGGCCCUGAUGCCCCCGAGUUUCUCAUGAGCAAAUUGUACAGAGCCAUGUACAAUGAACUAGAGGGUUUGUUUUGGGAGAGUGAGGAAGCAGUUGUAGCUUCUGAAAAUGCAGUUAUUGCAGAUAAUUCUAACUUAUCUCAAGAAAACCAAGAAAAUGAAGAGGCUAAAGAAGGGGAGGUAGCUGAAAAUGAAACGAAAUCCGAAAGAAAGGUGACAUUUCAAGAGGAACAGAUUGGGGUUAGGAGGAGAAGAUUGUGGGAAUUUUUAGCAGAGGAUGAUCCAGGAGAGGGGCUUGAUUUAUCAGGUUCUGAUAGAUUCGCAUUUUCGGUUGACGAUGCUUUGAACCUUAACGAUGCCGGUUCAGCUGUGAAUGGGAGGUCUUUAUUGUUAUCAAAACUAAAACAUGGAUUGUUGAGUAAGCACAAGGAUAAGGAUGGUAGAAGAUUGUUCCCUUGGAGAUUUUGGUUUGAAGGGAAAGAGAAAGUGGUGGGAGAAAUGGAGGAGAGUAAUAGAGUAGCAGAGGAGGAGGGGGAGGGAAUUAGUAGAAAUGGGAGGAAGCCGAAGGUGGGGCCGGUUGAUCAUGAGUUGGUUCUGAGAGCAAUGUCUAGGGCACUUGAGGUUACAGAGCGUGCAUAUUUGGAUAUGACAGAUAAGGUUCUAGAUCAGUAUCCUGAACUUGCGUUGAUGGGUUCUUGCUUGUUGGUUGUGUUGAUGAGGGAUGAAGAUGUCUAUGUGAUGAAUGUAGGAGAUAGUCGGGCUAUUGUAGCACAGCACCAACCUGAAGAGGUUAGUUCUAGUGCAGAAUCGAAGGUUGCAGGGGAUGAUGGGUUGAAUGCCCAGUAUAUAGUUGAAGAACUUUCAGAUGUUAGUGAGAAAGAAAAUAAGAAGAGGAAUGAAGAUCAUGUUCACCAAGCUAUGAGGUUGUCUGCGUUGCAGUUGUCUACUGACCAUAGCACCAGUAUUGAAGAAGUAUGUCCUUGCAAUUUCUUUCUUUUAUCUGUUUUAUAUUCACCUCUCUUCAUUGCUGCUUCAAUUUAUAAGUUAUAUGUUCAUCUAUGGUUAAGAUGUGGUAUUCUUUAGUUCUAAUCUGGACAAAAAUAUUGACAUUUCGGUUUAUGAGGAUGGAGCUUAUAAGGUCUGAAAGAUUUGAGUUCAACUAGUUGUUCAAUGACUUUU